AUGUUCUGCGAAAAGGCUAUCGAACUCAUCCGCGAGCUUCACCGAGCCCCAGACGGGCAGCUCCCAGCUUUCAACGUAAGGCUGCGUGACAUCCUGCCGAGGGCGGGAGCUGGAUUGAGUAGGGGAGGUAAUAGAGCAAGCUACCCACCUCCUGAUGUACUUAAGAUUCAGAGGGAGACAUACAUUUCCUCUGUCAUGACUAAGGAUGAUGGAAUCAGGCAAGUUCUGGAAGAAAUGAAAGCUUUGUAUGAACAAAACCAGUCUGAUGUAAAUGAGACGAAGUCAGAUGGCCGAAGUGACUUAAUUCCAACUAUCAAAUUUCGACAUAGUUCUUUGCUGAGAAAUCGACGUUGUAUAGUUGCAUAUUUGUAUGACCGAUUGCUUCGGAUUAGAGCUCUGAGGUGGGAAUAUGGCAGUGUCUUGCCAAAUGCACUGAGAUUUCACAUGUCAUCUGAAGAAAUAGAAUGGUUCAAUCGCUACAAAAAGUCUCUUGCUACAUAUAUGAGAUGUUUAGGUGGAGAUGAAGGAUUAGAUAUUACACAAGAUAUGAAACCCCCCAAAAGCUUGUACAUUGAGGUGCGGUGUCUGAAAGACUAUGGAGAGUUUGAAGUUGAUGAUGGUACUUCAGUUUUAUUGAAAAAAAACAGCCAGCAUUUUUUGCCUAGAUGGAAGUGUGAACAAUUAAUCAGACAAGGAGUCCUAGAGCAUGUUCUAUCAUGAUAGUCUUCUGAAAUAUUGGGAAAAAUUCCUUUUUAGUGUUGUGUUGAAUUCACUAGAUGUUUCUCUGCCCUUCCCCCACUUCAUUGUGAUCCUAAAAAAAUUGUAGUAUUUUUUUGUUGUUUAAAAAUAAAGGCAAAUUCUCACUUU